CUCAUCUCACGGUCGGUGCAGAGUCAGUGGAUGAUGAGGGCAGGGCUGGGGGCGGACCAGGAAGUGGUUACCGUUAUCGCAGUGCAGGCCACCUACAGGCUAUAGGGGGUGUCCAGGAAGUGAGCCGGGCAGGCAAUGCCCGUUUUUGCUGGCUUCGCCAAGAGGUAACGCCUGAGCAGCCCACUCGCUCUUCGUCCUGUUCACUGGUGGUUGGCGCUCGCUCAAGACUUGUGUGGUUCUGUGUGGUGUCUAACCAGAGCAAGGAGUGCCCAUGCCAUUUGCACUGAGGAAGGUUUCCUACAAGUGUGCCUAAUUCGGCAAUAGUCAUGGGACGUUUGAAGCAGUUAGUGCCUUUAUUGUGCCUAUGCAUUGUCCUUGGAGCGACGGCGAUGGACCUACACAUGGCUGAAUUCAGUCAGCGAAGAUCCAGGUCCCUAGACCUGUUGGGCAUAGAAACAAAUCAAUAUCACAAGACUGCAUCAAGAAUGUCCAUACUGGCAAAGUUGACCAAAAAGUAUCCACAGCUUGCACAAAUGUACUCAAUUGGAAAUUCUGUGCAAGGUCGUGAUCUGGUGGUCCUGAAAAUUGGAACAGAUAGUGGAGAGAGAAAGUUGGAAAAACCCAUGUUCAAGUAUGUGGGAAACAUGCAUGGAAAUGAAGGCCUCGGACAUGAGCUGCUGCUCAACCUUGCAGCAUACCUGCUUGUCAAUUAUGGCAAGGAUGACAGAGUUACACAGAUUAUCAACAGCACGGAAAUCCACAUAAUGCCAACUCUGAAUCCAGAUGGCUUUGAAGUUGCAAAGCCAGGGGACUGUGUAGGAAGUGACAAGGAAGCUGGAAGAACAAAUGCAAAUGGCGUGGAUCUCAACAGAAAUUUCCCAGAUCAGUUCCGCACGAGGCCGCUGAACCGGCAGACGAUCACGACCGGCCGCCAGCCGGAGACGAUGGCCGCCAUGACCUGGAUCAUCAACAAGCCGUUCGUGCUGUCUGCCAACCUGCACGGCGGCUCGCUGGUGGCCAGCUACCCGUUCGACGACACGCCCCAGCCGAACGUGCGGCAGUGCUGCGUCGAGAGCAACUCGCCCGACAAGGCGCUCUUCCGCUCGCUGGCCUCCAUCUACGCCGACGGGCACGCGCUCAUGCACCGCGGCGACGACUUCUGCCAUACGGGCGAGCGCUUCGCCGGCGGCAUCACCAACGGCGCCAUGUGGUACGACGUGCCCGGUGGCAUGCAGGACUUUAACUACGUGUUCAGCAACUGCAUGGAGAUUACCAUUGAGCUGAGCUGCUGCAAGAUGCCGGCCGAGUCCCAUCUGGCUACGGAGUGGAAGAACAACAAGGAGGCCCUGCUGAGCUUCAUGGAGGCUGUCCACAUGGGUGUCAAAGGGCUCGUUCUGGACUCCGACGGCAAGCCGAUCCACGGCGCUUACGUCAGCGUCGACAGCAUCGCCUACAACGUGACGACGACGGAGCGCGGCGAGUUCUGGCGACUGCUGCUGCCCGGCCAGUACUCGCUCACCGCCAGCGCCUCCGGCCACCAGUCGAUGCGGGCGUCGGUGGUGGUGACGGAGGGCCAGACGGUGCGGCACGUGUUCCGCCUGCCGCGGCAGAACGGCUCGCCCGCCUCCGUGCCUGAGCAGAUGGCGGCCGCCAUCGCCGGUGGCGAGUUCGUGCCGAAGGUGGGUCCGUCAGCCACGCCGCCGCCGCUGGCCACCACCACCACGGCGGCGCCGGCGCCGGACGCGCGCGCCGGCGGUGACGCCGAGCUGGCGGCGCGGCUAGCGGCCGAGUUCGUCACGCCGCCCGACUGGCAGCACCACAACUACCUGGCCAUGGAGGCGUGGCUGCGCGACCUGGCCGACCGCUUCCCGGCCAUCACGCGCCUGUACUCGGCCGGCCAGAGCGUGCAGGGCCGCGAGCUCUGGGUGCUCGAGAUCUCCGACAACGCCGGCCGCCACGAGCCAGGCGAGCCCGAGUUCAAGUACGUGGGCAACAUGCACGGCGACGAGACGGUGGGCCGCGAGGUGCUGCUGCUGCUCGCGCGCUGGCUCUGCGAGACCUAUCCGGCCAACAACCAGACGCGCCACAUCGUGGACAACAUGCGCGUCCACAUCAUGCCGUCUAUGAACCCGGACGGCUACGAGAUGGCUACGGAACACGGGUCGUUCUCGCAGGAAGGUCGCAACAACGCCCGCAACGUGGACCUGAACCGCAACUUCCCGGACCGACUGGGCGUGUUCGCCGAGAACGGCCGCCAGGAGCCCGAGACGGAGGUGGUGAUGCGCUGGAGCCGCGAGUACCCGUUCGUACUCUCGGCCAACCUGCACGGCGGCUCGGUGGUGGCCAACUACCCGUGGGAUUCGGACCGCACGCGCACCACCGGCAUUUACGCCGCCUGCCCCGACGACAGUGUCUUCAGGAAGCUGGCCAAGGCGUACAGCUUCUCGCACCUGACGAUGCACGAGGGGAAGGGUUGCGGCAAGAUCGAUCUCAACGGCUUCAAGGACGGUAUCACCAACGGCAACCAGUGGUACUCGCUGACCGGCGGCAUGCAGGAUUGGAACUAUAUCAACACCAACUGCAUGGAGCUGACGCUGGAAAUUAGCUGCGUCAAGUACCCCUUCGCCAAGGAGCUGCCGCGCUACUGGAACGAGAACAAGAAAGCUCUGCUCUUCUUCAUAGAACAGGCCCUGACCGGUGUGAGCGGUUUCGUGACGGACGCCAACAACAACGGUCUGUCAAACGUCACUGUAUCGGUGGAAAACAUCAACAAGGACGUGAUAACGGCGGCCUUCGGCGACUUCUGGCGUCUGCUGGUGCCCGGCCGGCACACGCUCGUUUUCCACGCUCCCGGGUACCGGGUGGAGCGGCGCGAGGUGGACGUGCCGUACCUGUGGGCGAGCCAGGUGAACGUGACCCUGACACCGGACGACUCGGAGCAGUGGGCGACGCAGCACGACCUCGGCCUGCUGGAGAACCUCAUAUCGGACGGCUACUGCAGCAUGGUGCAGCUGAAGAAACAGCUGGCCGAGAUGGAGAACCGCUACCCGCAGUCGCACGAGGUCAUCGUCAACACCACUCCGUGGAGCUCCGUCAUGCCGGCCGUCAAGAUCGUGGCCGAGGGUCCGCUGUCCGAGUCGGAGCGGGUAACAGUGGCGCUGGUGGGCGGCGUGGACGGCCGCCAGCCGGCCGGCGGCGAGCUGCUGCUGCGACUGGCCCGUCACCUGGGCGCAGCCCUGCUCAGCCCCGGCGCCGGCCAGCUGGGCGACGCGCUCCGCGGACUCGUCGUCUACAUCGUGCCCCGCGUGGAAAGGGACGGCUUUGACGUCCACCAGGAGGGCAACUGCUCGCUGUCAACUGGGGCGGCGGGCACCGGCACUGCCGCGCUGCCCAACCAGCUGCACACGAUGGUGGCGCAGGUGCGCGCCGACGUGGUGCUCAGUCUGGAGGGGGGCGGCCAGUUCGUGCGGUACGCGCCCAACACGGCCGCCGACUUCGCCGGCUCGGCGCUGCAGCAGCAGACGCUGGAGACGCUGGCCGGCGCCUACAUGGCCCAGCACCCGGGCAUGAAGCGGAUGUCCUGCGGCGACCAGCAGGCCACCGGCAUGAUGCAGGGCCGCGACGUGCCCGGCAGGACCUUCUCCAACCUGCAGGAGCAGCUGCUGCAGGAGUUCGGCACGCUGAUGGUCUCGGCCCACGUCAGCUGCUGCGAUUUCCCGCGCCACUACCAGCUGCCGCAGCUGUGGCGCGACAACCUGGCGCCGCUGCUGGCCUUCCUGCGCGCCGCGCACCAGGGCAUCUCGGGUCACGUGCGGGACGCUGCCGGCGCGCCGCUGCCGGCGGCGGCGGUGCACCUCUCGGGUCCGUACGGCGACGGGCUCCUGAACCUGACCGGCGCCGGGCACUUCUCGGCGUUGCUGCCAGAGGGCACAUACACCAUCAACGUGACGCUGGACGGCUUCCAGGCGCGCUCGGAGCGCGUGCAUGUCGGCCUGAACUCGCACGCCGACGCCAGCAUGGUGCUGGAGAGCGCCAACCAGUCGGCUCAUCUCAGCUACCACCCGGGCACCGGCGCCGCCGAGCUGCUGAACGGGCUGGCGCAACACUACACCGAGAUCAGCCGCUACUACAGCAUCGGCGGCGCAGGCGUGGACAUCCCCUGCCUGGAAAUGACGGCCGGCAUUCACGAGAAGGGCGGCGCGCUGACCAAGCCGAGCGUGCUGCUCCUGGGCACCGUACGCGCCCACGAGCUGGUGUCGCGCGAGCUGCUGCUCCAGCUGGCGACACACCUGGCCAGCCGGUACGCCUCCGACAGCGAGGUGGCCCGCCUGCUGGACCAGUAUCGCGUGCUGGUGGUGCCGGCGCUCGAUGGCUUGCACCGCUCCCAAACGCCCUCCUGUAACAACACGGGCCCGGAGCGUGACCUGGACACCAGCUUCAGCAGUGACGUCACCCCAGCGGCCGCGGCGCGGAGCGAGCUGCCGGCCGAGACCCGGGCGCUGAUCAGCUGGCUGGCCGAGCGGCGGCCCGUGCGCACGCUGGUGGUGCGCGCCGGCGCCGAGGCCGUCACGUUCCCGUACACGGCGCCGCGCCGCCACCUCCAGCCGCACUCGGCGCUCGCCACUGGUGACGAACAGACGUUCCGCUCGCUGGCGGCUGAGUACGUGCGCACCGAGGUCGGCGUCGUCAACAGCACGGGCCGCUGCGACGGCAGCGCGCUGCCCGGCGGGCUCGGCCACCAGGCCGACGUCCACCCACACUCCGGCAGUCUGGUGGACUACCUGUACGACGCAAACCUGACGCUGGCGCUGUCGGCGUUCGUGUCGUGCUGCCCGGGCCCGGACGUGGCCCAGCUGUCGGCGCUCUGGCGGCGCCACCGGCCAGCUAUGCUGGGCUUCAUCGCCCAGCAGCAGGGCAUACAGGGCUUCGUGACGGACCAGCAGAACGCGCCGCUGGCGGGCGCCGUGCUCACGGUGAACGGCUCCACCUUCACCACCCGCACCGGCAGCGACGGCCAGUUCUGGCGGCCGCUCACGCCCGGCGUGGUGACGGUGCAUGUGUCGGCGCCGGCCCACCUGGCCGUCGAGAAGCUGGUGUCGGUGUUCGCCGGCCGGCCGACGCACCUGCAGGUGGCGCUGCAGCGGGACCGGCUGGUGGCCGGCAUGCCCCGGAUGGUACUCGUCAUCCUGCUCGGCUCGCUGGGCCUGGUGGCGGUGAUCGUCUGCAUGCUCUGCGUGACCCUGUGCACCAGCCGCUCUGGCCGCAAGCGCCGGGGACGCGACAACAUGCGCAGCGUCUACGGCUUCCACCAGCUGAAGCAGCAGGCCAGCAAGACGCUGAACAUGUACGAGGACGACUCGGACGAGGAAACGCUGGGCCAGUUCCAUGACGUACCGCUCACCAAGACCAAAGCCGCGGGCGGCGCUGCCCGGCCGCUGCGGCCGUUCCACGACCUUCCGUCGUCCGACAGUAGCUCCGAGGAGGAGGUGUUCAUUCCGGGCGGACGCAGCUUGCUGCGGAGGUAGGCCGCCAACAGUCGUCACCGGCCACGCGCACGUGGAGACGCCUGCCGCGGAGGUAGGCCGCCUACAGCCGUCGCCGGCCUCUCCUCGCACGUGGAGACGCCUGCUGCGGAGGUAGGCCGCCGACAGCCGUCGCCGGCCACUUCUCGCACGUGGAGACGCGGACGCAGCCGCCCCCUCGCUCCGGCUCUCCGGCCGGAUGUUCUGUGACGAACCGGCAGGCCGCCGGGGAUACUGCCUGGCGGGGGUGGCCCGGACCGCGCCCCUCGUGCGGAACUGCCCCCGAUGUUGACCCGAGGACGCUGCGCCGUGGCGGUACUGCCGACCGCGCCCCCCGUGCGGAGCUGCUCCCGUUGUUGACUCGUGGAUUCUGCGCCGUGGCGGUACUGCCGACCGCGCCCCUCAAGCGGAGCUGAUCCCGUUGUUGACUCGAGGCCGCUGCGCCGUGGCGGUUCUGCCGACCGCGCCCCUCGUGCGGAGCUGCUUCCGUUGUUGUCUCGAUGACUCUGCGACAGUGUCAUAGUUCCGGCUACGCCCUACGUACGGCGCUGCCGCUGGUGAUGACGGCCGGGCUUGGCGCGGUGGCAGCGCAGGUAUUCCCGGCUGCGUCCCUCGUGUGGAGCUGCUGCCGAUGGUGGUCUGGUCCUCAGGCACUGUGCGGCGCAGGGCGGCUGGGACGCCGUCUCUUGUAGUGGGCUGUCGUCCAGCCCCAUGAGCUGCGCACAAUGGUAACGGGGCUGAAUUGUAUAAUUCAAGCCGACGGCUUGGAUCUUUUACGCUUUUACGCGGGGUGAUGUGCACUGGAGUGGGCUGUUGUAGUCUGUCACUAGAGUCUAACUUGUGUGAAGAAAUGGAGCAAUACAAUUUACACAAAAGUG